UAUAACCACUCAUACCCUGAUCCACAGCAAGAAGAUAUACAGGCAUUUUCCUUUAUUUCCUUACCAAAGAGUUUACCAAAGCAUCUGAAAAACGACGAAAGAUCAGCCCUUUCAAGGAUAGUCUUUUUCUCGAUGAGGAAUGAUAAGCUAUACAGGGUAACACAAAACUCCAAAGGAAAUACUAACAUUAACAACUAUGUUCUGGCUGCCAAUAUUCCUAACAUUCCAAUAAGCAACCUUGAUGAACCAGUUAAAAUAUCAUUCAAUUUAAUACACCAGAAUGCUGGCAACCCAGAAUGUGUUUACUGGGAUGAAUCUCCAGAUGAUCCUCGUUGGUCAACAAAAGGCUGUAAGAUGUCCGAUUAUGUACCUGGAAAGAAAGCAGUCUGUUCCUGCGACCAUCUUACAAGUUUUGCCUUAUUAAUGGAUGUCUACUCGAAUGAGGACGAUAUAAAAACUGUUAAACCCUUAUCUGUUAUAUCUAACAUUGGCUGUGGAAUAUCAUUUGUCUGUCUUGUUCUUACAGUAAUAAUUCACGUUUGUUUCAGAGAUUUAAGGGAUUUAAUGACUUCAAAGAUUUUAGUAAGCUUGUGCUCUUCUUUAGCUGUCUCGAAUCUUAUCUUCGUUGUCGGGAUGCAAUCAUACAUAAAAGUACUGGCUGUUUGUAAGGCAAUGGCUGCUCUGUUACACUACUUCCUUUUAACAUCUCUCAUGUGGAUGUCUUUCGAGGCUAUUCAUGUCUUCAUGUGCAUAGUUAUGAUAUUCAGAACAUAUCAGACAUCUUUUAUGAAGUGGAGUUCAAUUUUGGCCUGGGGCCUUCCAGCUGUCAUUGUUCUAAUUACCCUGGUAAUUAACUACACAGACAAUUACAUCAAAACUGGACAAGUGUAAGUAUUUUUCUGUUUCGUUCACAUAAUUUUUCGUCUCAUAAAGGACAAACUGUAAAGAGCCCCCACCAGACUUAAACGUUUAUAUGGAAUUUGUUAGCACACUAGUGUCAUAAUGUGCCAGGUCAAACCGAUAUGUAGUUUCUCAUUGUUAAAUAAGUUCUUCAAAGGCACAUCAAUGACCAAUUGCAACCAUAAACCUGAAUUUAGUGACGAAGAGGUCAACGGGUGAACUUGUUAUUAAUUUGUCCUAGAUUUGAAUUGAACGGGAGAUGUUCACUUGUAAUAAAUUCAUAUUCCUGCUGGGAAUGUUUGUGUGUCGGUUUCGAAGUCUUAUGACUUUACAAACGAAUAACUGGGCGUAAAUAUACGGAUGGAUGGAGACAUGUGUGUAAAGAAGUGCCUGGAUAUCGAAAUAAAGAAGAAAUAUGGGAAAAUUGAAAGCUAAAGAAGACAUGGGAAGAAAUGGGAAAAACAUGAAUUAAUCUCCCCAUUCAGGCACAAAAUUUUGCAAACACUAAAACAUAUGAAAUUAAUUUUUUUUAUCUAUUGGUUAAAUAUAAAAAUAGCUCACCACCUUCCUUAUCCAAUUUCAACUUUCACCAUAAACCACCUCAAAAUACGCAUAAAAAUUUGUUG